UGAAAUAUGAAUGAGUUCAACUUCCGUUGCCUACAAAGCCGCAUGAUUUGACAUUUUGCCUUACAAAGAAUUAGAGUUAUAGCAGGAACUCUUCACUGGGCUGACUGCACUGAAAGCCUAGUUAGCUUUUAACCAUGCCUGUUUUCAAAGUUAAUGUGAAGUGGGGGAAGGAGAAGUUCACAGAUGUGGAGUGUAAUACUGAUGAGCCACCAGAACUAUUCAAAGCCCAGUUGUUUGCCUUGUCUGGAGUUCAACCCACUCGACAGAAGGUUAUGAUCACUGGCUCUAUUUUGAAGGAUGAUGAAUGGGGUCCAGCAAAAGCAAAAUUAAAAGAUGGUACGAUGCUGCUGAUGAUGGGCACUGCUGAUGCUCUACCCCUGGCUCCAGUUGAGAAAACUGUUUUUAUGGAAGAUAUGAGUGAAGCGCAAUUGGCUUCUGCGCUUGCAGUGCCAUCUGGUCUUUCAAAUUUGGGCAAUACAUGCUACAUGAAUGCUACAGUUCAAUGUUUAAGGGCAGUGCCUGAACUUAAGGAUGCUCUGAAGAGGUUUAGCGGAGGGCUGACAGUGGCAGGAGCUAUUGCACCAGCAGACUCAAUCACAGCAGCUUUGAGAGACCUGUAUAUAUCAAUGGAUAAGACGUCAACAUCCAUACCACCAAUUAUUUUCCUUCAAGUUUUGCACAUGGUCUUUCCGAGGUUUGCUGAGAAAGGUGAAAAUGGAGGAUAUCAACAGCAGGAUGCCAAUGAAUGUUGGACAGAGAUCGUUCGAAGCCUUCAGCAAAAAUUGAAAGCAGUUCAAGCUCCACCCAGUAAUGGUCAGCCCAUGGAGACUGAUUCUGCAACGUCUGCCGGAGCGGGUGCUGCAUCUGCUGGAGCUGGAUUCAUUGACCAGUAUUUUGGUGGAGAGUUUGAAUACACCAUGAAAUGCAUAGAGGCUCCAGAAGAAGGAGAAACUCAAAGCAGUGAGAAGUUUCUGCAGCUCAGUUGCUUUAUUGAGAAAGAGGUGAAAUACAUGCAUACAGGCUUGAAAAACCGACUGGAGGAGCACAUAACAAAGAACUCCCCCACCCUGGGACGUGAUGCUGUGUACGUUAAAUCAAGCAAAAUAAACCGCCUUCCAGGUUACCUCACCAUUCAGUUUGUAAGGUUUUUCUACAAAGAGAAAAAUGCCACGAAUGCAAAAAUUUUGAAGGAUAUAAAGUUCCCCAUGUCGCUAGAUGUAUUUGACUUGUGCUCAGACAGCUUACAACAGAAGUUGAUUCCUAUGCGUGAAAAGUUCAAGGAAGUAGAAGAUAAGAAACUGGAACAAGCCCAAGCUACUAAAGGUAAAGCUCCUGUUGAGAAGGAUGACAAGAAAGAAGUGAAGACCGCCCCAUACAAUUUUCCAGAUGACACUGGCUCCAACAACAGUGGCUACUAUGAGCUAUCGGCUGUACUCACACACAAGGGCAGGUCCAGUUCAAGUGGUCACUAUGUGGCCUGGGUUCGGAGGAAAGGAGGCAAGUGUCUGUUUGUUUUUGUAAUGUAGCUU